AUGCGAAUGCAGCCCUGCACGCCAAUCUCGUCCAUCGGUGAGGCCAAGACUCUUUCCUAACUUCAUUUAAGUUCAGAGGAUUGACGCAGCUACAAUUUCACAGUUUACGCAAUGUGGAAGGCGGCGCUUAGUGUCUGGUUCAUCCUAUAUCGUACAGUGGACUUUGUUGACUCAAUACAAGGUAUGGCUGUUGUAGUACAGGCUGACUAGCAGUAAGCGGAACGCAUUGAUUGGUUAUAAUUGGGCAUUUCAUACUUAAACAUAUCAAUUUACAUUUCAACGAUAGCUUUUUGAACGCACUGCGUGAUGUCUUUUAGUUGACUAAGUGGCGUUUUUUUAAUUCAGAUCAACCACCUCUCAGACGUCCUUGUAAGAACCGUAGACAUUUAAACAACACUCGCCACGAUAUUAGCAAAGCAGGCCUUAGCAUUUUAUUGUAACUUCGUAGAUGACUUAAGUUGGCUUGUUUAUAUGAUAUGUACGUGUGCAAAUACGGUCAUUUAAAUUGCUUUUAAACAAAAUAUACUGUACGUUUGUAUACCUUUCAGAGAUCGGACGACCACAAUCCCGAAAACUACAACGCUGUAGUGAAAUCCUGUUGAAAACGAAUUUCGCCAACGCAUUUGAUUAUCUGCUAAGUAAACUGACUACUAUCGAAAUACCUGCCUCCCAAACUGAGUUUCAGAAGUGGAAAUGCUCCAUCAACUUCGACGCAUUUGGACGCACUGCGGAAUGCCAAACCUACAUGUCCAGUUCACCAAACAAAUACAACGUCUUUUGCAACGCUACGUUUCCCCAAAUUUCACUCGUUGUUUCACACAAUGUAAGUUAUUUCCAUUUGCAUCUAGCAGCUGGUCUACCCUAAGAAAUGCAAGCCGCACACCCGAAUGUUUUUUGAUUGAAUAGGAUACUUGAAUGGAAUUGUAAUAUUGAUUACCGCGCAACAUAACCUCCAGAUACUUAAUUCAUGCCGGGACGGCGGCUUGUAAUGUGAUUUAGAGAAAACAUCUGCAAACCCAUUUUAUCUUGUACAUGCUUGAUAGAAAAUCACGUCUUCUAAAAUUUUAUAUUUUGAGAAAGGAUAGGUAUGAGUUUUAACAAUGUUUUUGUAAAGUCCGGCCUGCAUGCGCGCUUUCACUGCAACUGCACUCUGUGUACUUACCAUGUAUGAAGAGUCAUAUAAUUCUCCAUGUUAAUAAGACGUCGUCAUGUAGGAUGUUUAUAAUUUCGUCGUGAUCGAGUACGCCAACUUUGCUUCCUAA